AAUUAAGAAAAACAUUUAGAAAGUAAUCGGUUUAUAAAACUAAAUUUUUUUAUUAUUAAAAAUUUCAACAAUGAAUUAUAUCCUGCCAUCUUUUGAAUUUUUUUUUGGUAAACUGACCCAAUAUUUUGCAAAAACUAAUGCACAAAUGUGAGUAAUGGUUCUCGAUGUUGAUUGACACAAUAGUGUCUUCAGGAGGAAAUGGUCAAAACAUCAUUCGUAUUUCUAGUCUGUGUGUUAUCAGGUUUUCUUCUUACAAUUCAAUUGAUUGCAUUCAAAUUGUUAAUCAAACAGGCCACAGUUGAAGAGCCAACUGCUUGGAAAAUACUCGAUCAAAUAACUGUAGCAGCACAACAAUAUAAGAUACCAUUGUUUGUUAUCGAUCAAUUGUUGUUGAAUUAUAUCAAACAAGGUGAUUAUCUACAUACUGCAAAAUCGUGGCCAAAAAAUUAUUCGUCUAAAAAUGUCAAUCAUCACCACUUUUCAUCAAAACGAAAAUUCUACAGCGAUUUCAUAUCCUAUCACCAAUCAUCUAAUUCAUUAUUGUCAAGAAACCGAGAAUGUCGAAUAUUUUGCAGAGGUGAAAGUCAUUUAACUCAUCUUGCUACUUUGGCCGAUUCGAUUACGCCUGAAACGGUCAUUCAUUUCGGAAAUUAUCUCAAAGAUCAUCAUAGUCUUAGUGUGAUCACACUGAACGACAUUGAUUCAUCGCUGUUGCAUUUAAAUCUACAUGUAUCAAUUCCUACGCAUAUUAUCAUCGCCGAUGAAAGAGUGGAUAUCCGAAAGCAAUCACAUGUUGUACAUAUUGUCAUUCUCUAUGAUCGUGUUCAAGGUAAUAAUUGGUGGCAAGCACCGGUCAAAUUAAAUGAACAUCAUGAACGAAUUCUUCAUCGUCAAGGUCUUAAAAAAACCGAAUUUCGCUUGCCAUAUUCAAGUGCCAUCUAUGACAAGACUGAAAUAAUGCGGACAACCAUUGAUGGUUUAAGGAUUUUUCUACCACAUCCACCAAAAUCAUUUCUAAACCCCUUAAAUGAUAAAAAAUUCAUUGAAUGUGAUCGUCGACGAUCAAAUGAAUUCUACAGCGAAAAUCCCAAAGAUGAAACUCCUGAAGCAAAUAAUUUUGGAAAGAAAGCUCAAACAUUGUUGACAAAAGCUCGACAAUUGAUUGAACAUGAAUUAGGUCUACCUUUUUGGCUAAGUUCUGGGACGUUACUCGGUUUUUAUCGUCAAUGUGAUUUUAUUGUUUACAGUGGUGAUGUCGACAUAGGCAUGUGGGCUGAUGAUUUUAAACCAAAAAUAGUUGAUUUAUUUUCCAUCAAUAAUAUACCAUUAAUACAUUGGUUUGGUCGGCCAAAUGAUUCACUGGAAUUAUCAUUUUUGAUGGGUGAUCUUAAAUUAGACAUUUUUUUCUUCUAUCGUGAACAAGAUCAUUAUUGGAAUGGUGGUACGCAAGCUAAAACUGGUCUAAAAUUUAAAUAUGAUUUUCCCAAAUUCACUCUUUGUUGGACCGAUUUUAUUGGCCUAUUGGUAAGGAUACCUUGUGAAACAGAGUCAUAUAUUGAAGCUAAUUAUGGUAAACAAUGGCGAAUACCACAACGUGAUUGGGAUUGGAAAUCCAGUCCGCCUAAUGUUCGACCUAAUGGUCAAUGGGAUCCAAAUGAAUGGUCCGAAACCAUAAGACUAAUUCCGAUGCCUAAUGUUUAGCAAAAAAGUUUGCAACUAAAUCAGGCACACAUAUCAUUUUCUUAUCGAGUCUCAAAUACAUUUUUAGUCAAAACCCGUCAAUUUAUUUGGUAGGAAAAAAAAUAAAUAUCCCUCUAAUAAUAA